AGAAGAAGAAGAAGAAGAAGAAGAAGAAGAAGAAGAAGAAGAAGAAGAAGAUCGUGAGCCACUAUAUUCGCUUCCUUCCUCUAAUUUCCGAUUCCAAUGGACCUGAAUCGCAAACACAAGGUGUCUCUUAGAGGUGCCAGCAGUGGGGAGAUUUCAAGGGAUGCUUUGCUUGCUAAAGUGUCUCAAGAAAGGGAGCUACGCAGUUAUGCAAGACGCGCUAAUGCUGCAUCACUUUUUAUUCAAAGAGUUUGGAGGUCUUACAUUGUGAGAAAGAAGGCAGCUAUAGAGAUCCAAGAGGAGUGGGAGAAUUUACUGAGUUGCCAUUCUGUUACACUGACCAAAAGUUGGGUAUCAAGCAGAGUAUUGAGACCGUUUCUCUUCUUUGUCAGAUCUUUGUCUGUCCAACAUCAAAAGAUACAGGCAAGAGAAAUACACUGCAUGCAAACUUGCUUUAAGAUUCUAUUGGAAAGCAUCAACUCUAAUGAUCAGGGGUACAAUUUUUGUUCACUAGCAGUUGGUACAUCUGAAGAUAGUAAAACAUGGGCCUGUCAAACACGAAGGAUGGUUUCUCUCUGCUCUUUCCUUCUCACGGAGUGUAAUUAUUCGCAGGAAAGGAUAAAAGAUGUUAUUGGUGUCAAUGCCCUUCUAUUACGUAUUCUUAUUGUUUUAACUGAUCCCAAAAGCUGGAAGAUUAUUACAAAUGAAAACUUUGAAGAUGCAGAAACAGCUAAAAAGAUAAUUAUUCAGUUUAUAGGGAGCUGUAAAAGUGGAUAUUACUCAGCAGUUCGGAGAUAUAUCAAGACAUUAACCAAACAUACAGACGAGAGACUAGUGAUUACUACAAGUGCAGUAACUUUGGCUCUACGACCAUUCCACGUGAAACAGCCUGCUUUUGUUGAUGACAACCAACCGGACACGAAUUUGGCUGUUGAAGAAUAUGUUUCUCUAAUACUGACGAUUCCUCGGCUUGUUUGCUACCUGCCAAGCGCUCUCAUACGUGCACUGAAGCACAAGAGCAUACUAAUGCCAAGCUUUCACACCAUAUUGCUUUUGAAGGACAAAAUCUUGAACAUAAUAUCGGAAAUGGAGAAUUCAGAGAAGCAAAGUUGUACCAUGGAGAUACCUUCUGUUGGAUGGGUUAUCGGGAACAUCAUAUCCCUCGCAACAGUUAGUGAAACCGAUUUUAUGGAUCCACAAGAAUCAAAUCCAGAGAUGUUUUAUGUCUUGUAUGUUCAUGUUAUUGUGACUCUCGCCGAGAAUCUAUUGUCUCAGGUUGAAAGUGUUGGAAUUCAGGAUAUUCAUCUUGAUAUUGAGGCCACAUCGAAUGAGACAGAGAAAGGAAAUUCAGUUAAGAUUUCUUUUGUGGAAAUGCUUCGACCAGUAUGUCAACAGUGGCAUCUCGCAAAACUGUUGGCAGCUUCUGGGAAAGAAAUUCGUGUUAUAGCAGAUAAAGAUGCAUCAACGAGUAGUAAGAAAGGAUCAGAAACACUAGGACUGCUUGAUAUAGCACGAUUAUAUUCAUGCAUGUUGAGAAUCUUCUGCGUGAUGAAUCCUGUUCUAGGACCUUUGCCUGUCCUUAACAUGUUAUCCUUCUGUCCUGGAUACAUUGUCUCUUUGUGGAAUUCUCUAGAGAGUGUCCUACUCCCUGAAAAUGGUUGCACUGCUGACGAUGCAUCUCAUGGAUCUGCUAAAACUUCAUGGAAUACAAGAAGUCCUUCUGAGAAGAAAUUGAAACAUCUCAAGAAUGACAGUGUCAACAAGUGGGUGAAUGUGCUAAACAAGUUUUCUGGUAAAUCACCGGGACCACGUGAACAUGUGGAGUGUACUAGUGAUCAACCAGGAUCAGGCCAGGUUAAUGAGUCAACUAAUGAUGUAUGGGAUGUGGAAACUCUGAGGGGUGGUCCUGUAGGUAUCUCCAAAGAAGUGUCAUGCCUGCUUCAUCUAUUUUGUGCAACCUAUGCACAUUUACUCGUUGUUCUUGAUGACAUACAGUUUUAUGAAAAGCAGGUCCCCUUUAUGCUAGAGAAGCAACAGAGAAUUGCAUCAAUGCUUAAUACACUCGUGUACUAUGGAUUGUUGCGAGGCACAGGUCCUGAGAGUAGACAACUGAUGGAUUCUGCUAUCAGAUGUUUGCAUUUAUUGUAUGAAAGAGAUUGCAGGCACCCUUUUUGUGCUUCUGCCCUGUGGCUCUCACCUGGUAGAACUAGUAGACCUCCAAUUGCAUUUGCUGCCAGGACUCAUGAGGUUUUACCAACCAGUGAUGUUCUUACAACUCCAAGCAUGGGUUCUGUUAUAACAAUUACUCCGCAUGUCUUUCCAUUUGAGGAGAGGGUCCAUGUGUUUAGAGAGUUUAUAAGCAAGGAUAAAGCUUCAAGGAAAAUGGCUGGUGAAGUGGAUGCACCUGGUGCGAGGUCAAUAGAGAUAGUUGUUCGUCGAGGUCAUGUGGUUGAAGAUGGAUUUCAACAACUGAAUUCAAUUGGUAGCAGGCUAAAAUCAUCCAUCCAUGUCUCGUUUGUGAAUGAAUCUGGCCUUCCUGAGGCUGGCCUAGACUAUGGUGGGCUUUCAAAAGAGUUUUUGACUGACAUAACAAAAGCAGCUUUUGCUACUGAGUAUGGGUUAUUCUCGCAAACCCCUACUUCAGAUAGGUUGCUUGUUCCUAGCCCAUCUGCACGGCACCUUGAGAAUGGGAUUCAGAUGAUUGAGUUUCUUGGAAGAAUUGUUGGAAAAGCUCUAUAUGAGGGAAUACUGCUGGAUUACUCUUUUUCACACGUUUUCAUCCAGAAGCUUUUGGGGCGUUAUAGCUUUAUUGAUGAACUAUCAGGGCUUGAUCCAGAGCUCUACAGGAACCUCAUGUAUGUCAAGCAUUAUGAUGGUGAUUUGAAGGAACUCUGUCUGGAUUUCACAGUCACUGAAGAGUUUUGUGGAAAAAUGAGCAUAAUUGAACUCAAACCCGGUGGGAAGGAUACUUCAGUCACGAAUGAGAACAAAAUGCAAUAUAUUCAUGCAAUGGCUGACUAUAAACUUAACCGGCAGAUUGUGCCCUUUUCAAAUGCAUUUUACAGAGGAUUGACUGACCUUAUAUCUCCUGCUUGGUUGAAACUAUUUAAUGCCCAUGAAUUUAAUCAGUUACUCUCAGGAGGAAACCAUGAUAUUGAUGUUGAUGACUUAAGGAGGAAUACAAAAUACACUGGUGGUUACAGUGAUAGCAGUCGAACAAUCAAAAUCUUCUGGGAGGUCAUGAAAGGCUUUGAACCGAGUGAACGUUGCUUGCUCCUCAAAUUUGUGACUAGUUGUUCUCGGGCACCACUCCUUGGUUUCAAAUACUUGCAGCCAACCUUCAUCAUCCAUAAAGUCUCUUGUGAUACCUCUCUUUGGGCUGCUAUUGGAGGACAAGAUGUAGAAAGACUUCCAUCUGCUUCUACGUGCUACAAUACUCUUAAGCUUCCAACGUAUAAACGAGCAAGCACUAUGAGGGAAAAACUAUUGUAUGCGAUUACUUCAAAUGCAGGAUUUGAACUCUCGUAGAGACCUCUAACCAGGUAUUCAUCUUGUUAUGCACCUAGACCUUUUAUCCUUUAUUCUAUUCAAUGUAUAUGGCUUCUGUCAAGUUAAACUAGUAAGGCUGGUGUAAACAGUGUGUUUGGUUUAUCUUAAGAUUAUGGGAACUUGUUUCUUCUUGGUAGUUGUAUAUGAAUAUAUGAUAAUCAACUAAGCUGAAAAAAUCUUCUUAA